CCGUCGUGGAUAGUUGUGGCGGCGGCGUACGAAGUGGCCGGAAAAACGCGUUUCGGUGAUAUGGUGUGGCCGCGGUCGUAGUCAUUCGUCCCGUGCGCAUUGACACGCGUUCGCCAAACAGUCUUCAAAAUAUAACAACCCGGUGGAGUAGUACACGAGGGCGACACGCGGUUCAGUAGCACGCCUACGGUGUGGCCAACCGGCAGCUUCACGUCCCGUUGUUCUCUCACUGUCGUCAUUUUAUAAAAAUCCUUUUAAUGGUUAUAAAUUGGUAUAUGGACUCAAGGAAAAAAUGUGGAAUAUGGGAAUAGUAUAAACGGGAAAAUAUAUUAGGUGUCUCUUGUCCAUUCAAAAUUGUAAAGUAAAAGCCUUCUCUAGAAUUUAGACGACAGUGUGAAUAAAAUUCAAGGAAACAGUGUAAAUGUUGACAGUGAAUUGGAGUUAUACAAGUAGAUGCUGUACGGAGUCACAUAAUAGGUGACACUGCUUAAGUGAUAUUUAUUUUUUCACAAAAGAAUAGGAGACAUGUUACCAUCGAUUUUGGCAGUGAGCAUUUUUAUUCAGACUUUAAUGCCAGUUUUAUCUACUGUAAGCUGGGAAGAUUGGUGGACGUACGACGGGAUUUCAGGUCCAGCAUUUUGGGGCUUAAUAAAUCCGGAAUGGAGUCUAUGCAACAAAGGUCGACGACAAUCGCCUAUCAACAUGGACCCAGACAAGUUGUUGUACGAUCCAAACUUAACCGAUCUACAUGUGGACAGACAUAGAGUUGACGGAACAAUAACAAAUACGGGUCACAGUAUUGUUUUUUAUUUGGAUAAUGACCAAAAAAAUCAUAUAAAUAUCACAGGAGGACCUUUGUCUUACAAAUACCAAGUAUAUGAAAUACAUAUGCACUUUGGACAGCAAGAUGAGAUGGGAUCGGAACAUACGAUCAACGGAUAUGCAUUUCCAGCUGAACUUCAAAUAUUUAGCUACAACUCGCAACUGUUUGCUAACUAUUCAGAUGCAGUGCAACGAUCUCAUGGAAUCGUAGUUUUAUCUUUACUGAUUCAAUUGGGAGACCUAUCAAAUCCAGAAUUACGAAUUCUUACAGAUCAAUUAAAUAACAUCAAGUACAGUGGUAACGAGGCACUGGUUAAACGAUUAUCAAUUGCAGAUUUAUUACCAGACACCAAAUAUUACAUGACUUACGACGGUUCAACUACAGUCCCUGCGUGUCACGAAACUGUCACCUGGCUAAUAAUAAAUAAGCCAAUUUACAUCACCAAACAACAGUUACACAGUUUACGAGGUCUUAUGCAAGGAAACAAAAAUCAAGCAAAAGCUCCAUUAGGAAAUAAUUUUAGACCUCCACAGCCACUUCACAACCGAUUAGUUCGAACUAACAUAGAUUUUAAUCGCAAGGACGAUGAAAAAUUUUGCCCUAGCAUGCACAAAGAUGUUUACUACAAAGCUAACGAUUGGAAUCAUCACUAAUGAUUUGUCUCCAAAUAUAUGCAGCAUUAAGUUAUCACUCGGUGUCAUGUAUAUUUAUUAAAGAGCAAAAUGUUCACCAAGACAUUAUUAAGUUAACUUAAUGAUAAUAUAAACACAUUCAGACUUUUAAGUUUGAUGCCUAUAGACUGAUAAGUUUUGAUAUAUAUAAUAUAAGCUCACGCCUCUUCAAUAUUAAUUUAGCUAAUAUUUUUACUAGUACAUAAAUGUAAAAAAAAUUCAAGAUAAUUGUACAAAAUUGUUACUAUUAAAUUAAUAAUAAAUCGUAAAUAUCAUACAAUUAUG